UUGCGCUGCACAGUUUCUUUACAUUGAUCAUUUUUUUGUUGCCGCAACAUCGCCGGACUACGUAGACUAAGACGGGCACAAGCAGGAGAGAGGGGAGGUCAAAGUGCAGCAGAACUGCAGGAACUACGCAGCUGCAGGCGGGAUGAAGCUUUUCAAAAGCCUGUAGAUGUAGCCAGGAUUUAGGAAUGCACCCUGAGUUGGAUUUAAUGAAGCACAACAUGUAUUUAAGUAUUACAUUAUGGAGAUAUUCUUUUUUCUUUGACAUAGUGUAGGUGGCAGAAGUUGGUUCACAACAGAAGCACUAACCUGCACCAAAGUGGAAGCUUGGCUGGACAAGGAGGAUCAUCCCUUUUUGAAGACUAAUGCAGAUGGUGUCCAUUGCUCUCUGUAGUGAAAUGGAGACAGAGCCAUGUUGUGAGGACCCAGCAGUGGAGCCUACAGAGCCUGAGGUGAGAGAUGCCAUUUCUGAGAUUGCUGACAGGGACAGUCCCAUUGAGCUGCCCUGUGUGGCUGCAGAGGAAGGCGAGGGGCUGUUUAAGAAGGAGCAGGCUGAAACGGAGAGCUGUGCAGGGGAGAGGAAAAGCGCUGAGAUAAAAAGCCCCUCCGAUCCUGAGCGAGAAAGUGGAGGCGCACAAUGUGAGGAGCGGAGGAAACUGAAAAAAACCAACAGCUGGAAGAUGGUACGAUUCCAAGACCCAUCGGUGGAUGAUGAUGUGCUGGAGCGGGACAGCUCAGCUGAGUGUCUCUUUCCAGAAUAUGCGAUGAAGGAGUGGACUUCCUCCACCUUUGAGGAGCUGUUCAUGGCAGAAGAUUGGCAGGACAUCACAGAAGACCGACUGUUGAGGAAGAAGGUGCUGGAGUCUGGGGCCCCGCACAUCCUGAGCCCCACCUGGGGCCAGGAGGUUACUGUGAAGAUGCAGUGUGUCCUGGAGGACCGCACCGUGGUGGAGAAGGACAGCAAGCUUGUCUUUGUUAUUGGAGAGGGAGACGUAAACCAGGCCCUGGAGGAGUGUGUCAUAUCCAUGCAGAGGGGCGAGAUCACAUUACUGCUGGCGGAUUCACAGUAUGCUUAUGGACUUCUGGGAAGGGAGCCUGAUAUUCCGGCCUGGGCUCCUUUACUCUACCAGCUCCAGCUGCUGGACAUCAGAGAGAAACCAGACCCGUUAACGCUGCCCAUCGCGGACCGCAUCCGCAUCGGCAACCAGAAACGAGAGCGAGGAAACUUUCAUUUCCAGAGGGAGGAAUACUGCCUGGCUGCCAAAGCCUAUUUUAUGGCUCUGGAGGUGCUAAACACACGCAGCAGAGAUGGUAGCGACGGCAGUGUGAAGGCAGAGGAGGAGGAGGUGCAGGACUACCGGGUAAAGUGUUUGAACAACCUGGCCGCCGCUCAGCUCAAACUGGAGCAGUACGACGAGGCGCUGAACACCAGCCGCGACGUUCUGGCCGUCGAGCCGAACAACGUCAAGGCCCUUUUCAGGACGGGAAAGCUCCUGUCGGACAAGGGUGAAUACAAAGAGGCGAUGGAGGUGCUAAAAAAGGCCUUGAAACUGGAGCCGGCCACCAAGGCGAUCCACGUCGAGUUAUCAAAACUCGUCAAAAGACAAUCGGGAGGCAACGACACUCAGGAGUGGAGAGCUAAACCAGCGGAGAUGCUUGGAGACAACGUCACACCUUUUGUGAUACCUUCUAAGAAGAAACCAUCUGGAAUUUCCUGGAAGUUUAUUCUCGGAGCUCUGGUCGUGGCCUUGGGCAGCUUAGUGACAUCAGUGAUUCUGACUGCAAGAAACUGAAAACCUCUGCAGGAAAGGCUUUGAAAAUCAUCAUCAUUAUCAGCAGCAGCAGCAGAGUCCGGUCUCCAGUCUUCUUUAGUCAUUUGAAGAGUUUUCUACUGUGAAGACGCGAGAAGGUAUGCAACGCAGCAGCACUGAAGCCUGAAGUUAUGAGUGUCACGUGGUAGAAAAUGUUUCAGUGAAAGGCGUACAGUAUUUAUGGUAAUAAGGAUAGUGCAGCGUGGAGUGAAUUCACAAUACCAGCAGAUAUUUUCUGCUGAUGGAUAAGACAGAAGUUUCUUUCCAGUUACGUGUUUUAUUUGGAAAAGGGAUUACAUUUCUGUUUGUCAUAAAAAAUAGGUCCUGGAAAAUAUUCUGGUAUCACACAUACAACAACAACAACAACAGCAGCAGCAAAAAAACGUGGCUGGAACUUUUGGCUAACUACAAAAAGUAAUGUUAGUAAAUGAAUAACGCUUUCAACGUCACAAUUCUGAGAAAUAUUUGAUCAGUGCUCCAAUAAACUGAAGGUGUUGAAAUGUAAUAUUGCCUACAUAAGCAAUGCUUGCGAUGUGAUGCUUAAUAAAAAUGUUGAAAGAUGUAUUUUUCUCUUGAAUUUCUUUCAAGAACCAAGCACCUCUGUCACAGACCAGUUUGGUCUGAAAUGGAAAAAAGUGCAUUAAUUUAAAAAGGCUUGUAUAGACUCAUACAAAAGUAAUCCCUCCCAAUCAUCACUUAUAACCAAGUGUGUGACAGUGUAUUUAUCUGCAGAGAUCCUGCCUUCUGCCUGUAUUUUUUCUUCUUAUUUUGAUGUGUCUGACUACUUCCCAUUUAGCCAGUGGAUCAAUAACAGCACCCAGGUGA